AUGUUGAAACCACCUAAUGAUAUUCAGAAUUACUCAAGCACUUUAUUCACAGCACAGAGCAUAGUUUUGGUCUCUGAAUUGGAACGUGAAAAGAGAAUGAAUUUAUUAGAGAAUUCAGAAAAAUAUCCAAACACAAUGAGUGAACAUCCUGUGUUUGCCAUCAAUCAGAAAACAAAUAAAUUGCUUAUGAAAAAGAGAAUCAAAUUGAAAACAGUUUGUGAAAAAAAUGCCGAAGAGUUAAUCAAGCAAGGAAGACGUUGGGAACGGGAACGAUUACUUUUGGAGGAACAAGAAAGACAAAAGGAAAUCACAACACAAAAAGCCAGAGAAAAAAUGUUAGAAGAACAAACGCUUUACAUUUUCGAUCCCAAUGCAACUAAAAUUACCGGGAUGAAUUUCUUGAGGAUCAAAAAUCGGAAAUUCACAAAUUGUGAAAUAAAUCUUAAAGAUUUUUUGUUGAGUGAAAAGGAGAAAAAGCGAAUGAUUCGUCAAAAGGAGAUUUUUGAAGAAAGCUUGAGGAAACCUGUUGAGAAUUUGCAAGACAAUGAAACAUUAUCUGAAGCCAAUGAAACAAACAAAGAUGAGGUAGAAUCAGUAAAUCAAAAGCCUUCAGAUAAAAUAAAACCUGAUACAGUUGAUCAAAUUUCGUCUGAAGAAUUAAAGAAGAAACUAAUAAUAAACAUAGACGAAGAUCCAAGAAUAACUAAAUUUAAAAAUGCUGAGUGUGUCAAUGAAAUUUAUGAGCUCGCUGAAGAGUUAAUUGCUGGCGAUGUUGUAAAUGCGUAA